GGCUCGAAUCAGUCAGAACCGGCAGUUCGCGUCGAUACCUCCGGUGCAUCCAACCGAGAUCCCCCCUCCUCCGCGCUUGCUGCCCCGCGAAUUUCCCUCCAGUUGAGUGCACGCUCUUGUUCCUUCUCGCCCCGCCUGCGAGGUGUUCUUCUGGAUUGUCGUCAACCUCUAGAGCUGAAAUGUCGGCAAAAGCGAUCAGUGAAGCGACUGGUAAAGAUAUAAUCAAUCGGAACCUAGCUGCAGGCACAGCAGCAGCCAAAUGCAAAUUUGCAGCAAUACAUGAAUCCUCCAGUUGGGAUGAUGUCGUAGGCAAGGAGCCAUGGCUACAAAGCUCACCUCUAGUUGCUAAGCCCGACCAGUUAAUCAAAAGGAGAGGAAAAUUAGGAUUGAUCAAAGUAAACACUGACUUCAAAGGAGCAAAAUCAUGGAUCCAAGAAAGAAUGGGCAAAGAUCAACAGAUCGGAAAAGCCACCGGAAAACUCCGUAGUUUCAUUAUUGAGCCUUUCAUUCCUCACAAAGAUGAUGAAGAGGCAUACGUUUGUAUUUACUCUCAUCGGUUUGCUGACACCAUCCUCUUCCAUCAUCAAGGAGGAGUUGAUAUCGGUGAUGUAGAUGCUAAGGCUCUCAAAUUAGAUGUACCUGUUGGAAAAUCGAUCACGGCUGAUGAAAUCCAAAAGCACCUUCUAAAAAAUGUUGUUCCUGCAAAACAAAAGAUGGUCGCAACUUUUGUUGCCGCCUUAUUCAAAAUGUACCAGGAUUUAUACUUCACAUAUCUGGAAAUCAAUCCAUUGGUUGUGACGAAUGACACAAUUUACAUCCUAGAUUUAGCAGCCAAGCUUGAUGCCACUGCUGAUUUCAUUUGUAGAGCAUCCUGGGGUAGCGUAGUGUAUCCACCUCCCUUCGGACGAGAUGCUUACCCUGAAGAAGCUUACAUCGCAGAUUUAGAUUCCAAAAGUGGUGCUUCCCUCAAGCUAACUAUUUUAAACAAGAAAGGCCGUAUCUGGACCAUGGUUGCUGGUGGUGGAGCUUCCGUAGUCUACAGUGACACAAUUUGUGAUCUUGGCGGCGCUAGUGAAUUAGCUAACUAUGGAGAAUACAGUGGAGCCCCAUCAGAACAACAAACCUAUGAAUACGCCAAAACAAUCCUGUCCUUGAUGACACAGGAAAAACACCCGCAAGGGAAAGUCCUUAUCACUGGAGGAGGUAUUGCCAACUUCACUAAUGUUGCAGCUACAUUCAAGGGUAUUGUGACUGCUUUAACAGAAUUCCAGUCAAAACUCAUUGAACACAACAUAUCAAUUUAUGUCCGAAGAGCAGGUCCUAACUACCAAGAAGGUCUCAGGAUCAUCAGAGAAGUUGGACAAACUUUAGGAAUUCCCUUGUUUGUUUUUGGACCGGAAACACACAUGACUGCAAUCGUCGGUAUGGCUCUUGGCAAGAAACCCAUCCCAAAAGUAACCGAACAAGAAUUCGCCACUGCCAAUUUUUUGUUACCAGGAGGACAGAGUGAGAACAAACCUAGUACCUUAAGCCGCCAAGACUCAGCAACUCUCAACAGUUCAUCGCCCUCAACACCACCUGUCUCAUGUAGCUUGAGCCCCAGCAAACCUCUAUUCACUAACAAAACGAAAGCCAUCGUUUGGGGUAUGCAAACUCGAGCGGUUCAGAGUAUGCUUGAUUUCGACUUUGUUUGUCGGAGGCCUGAACCAUCUGUAGCAUGUAUUGUUUAUCCUUUCACUGGUGACCACAAGCUCAAAUUCUACUGGGGCCACAAAGAAGUCCUCAUUCCAGUCUACAAAAAAAUGGAAGAUGCCAUGAACAAACAUAAAACAGCUGAUGUAAUGGUCAACUUUGCUUCAUUGCGAUCAGCUUAUGACAGUACUGUAGAAACUCUUAGCUUCCCUCAAAUACGCACAAUUGCCAUCAUUGCUGAGGGAAUCCCUGAAAAUCUCACUAGGAAAUUAAUAUUAUUGGCAAAAGAAAAGAAUGUGUCCAUCAUUGGACCAGCAACAGUAGGAGGCCUGAAACCUGGCUGUUUCAAAAUUGGAAACACUGGUGGUAUGAUGGACAACAUCUUGCACUCAAAACUGUACCGGCCAGGAAGUGUUGCUUACGUCUCGAGGUCUGGAGGUAUGUCCAACGAACUGAACAACAUUAUCUCUAAGGCAACUAAUGGUGUGUACGAAGGUGUUGCUAUCGGAGGUGAUAGAUACCCCGGAACUGUAUUCAUGGACCACAUUAUGAGAUAUCAGGCUGACCCAGAGAUCAAAAUGAUUGUUCUAUUGGGAGAAGUUGGUGGUAUUGAAGAAUACGAUGUCUGUCAAGCUUUGAAGGACAAGCGAUUGACCAAACCCCUCAUUGCUUGGUGUAUCGGAACUUGUGCGGGUAUGUUCACCUCAGAAGUUCAAUUUGGCCAUGCCGGUUCUUGUGCUAACUCAGAUAGGGAAACUGCGACUGCCAAGAAUGCUGCCCUCAAGGCUUCAGGAGCCUUCGUACCAGAAUCAUUCGACAGUUUGGGCGAAACCAUUAAUGAAGUAUAUGUUUCACUCGUCAAGAACGGCACAAUUGUUCCUCAGCCUGAGGUUCCUCCUCCAACUGUUCCUAUGGAUUACUCUUGGGCCAGAGAAUUAGGUCUAAUUAGGAAACCAGCUUCGUUUAUGACUAGUAUAUGUGAUGAAAGAGGCCAAGAAUUAUUGUACGCUGGAAUGCCCAUCAGUGAUGUAUUGAAACAAAAUAUGGGAAUUGGUGGAGUUAUCUCUCUUCUGUGGUUCCAACGGUCUUUACCUGCAUACGUUUGUAAAUUCUUUGAAAUGUGUCUAAUGGUCACAGCCGAUCACGGUCCUGCUGUAUCUGGUGCUCAUAAUACCAUCGUCUGUGCCAGAGCUGGAAAAGAUCUAGUUUCCUCGCUCGUCUCAGGUUUACUCACAAUUGGUGACAGAUUUGGUGGUGCCCUAAAUGAAGCUGCGAAACAGUUCACGGAUGCCUACGAUUCAGGACUCAUCCCAAUGGAAUUCGUGAAUACGAUGAGGAAGAAGGGUCAGCUUAUCAUGGGUAUUGGUCACAGAGUUAAAUCGAUAAACAACCCUGACAUGAGAGUAAAAAUUAUCAAAGAAUUUGUAUUAGAAAAUUUUCCGGCCACUCCAAUUCUCAAUUACGCCUUAGAAGUGGAAAAAAUUACAACAUCUAAGAAACCAAACCUAAUUUUAAACGUUGAUGGCUGCAUUGCUGUUGCAUUCUGUGAUUUACUAAGGCACAGCGGUAGUUUCACAAGGGAAGAGGCUCAAGAAUACAUAGAUAUGGGAUCAAUCAACGGUCUUUUCGUCUUGGGUAGAACCAUCGGUUUUGUUGGACAUUUCAUGGACCAGAAGCGAUUGAAACAAGGACUGUACCGCCACCCAUGGGACGACAUCUCUUAUGUAUUACCUGAACAAUACAAUUAGAACCUAACCGCGGAGUUAUUCGAAACUAAACAAACAUUCCGUCGAGUUUUGCAUUCUAGGGAGCUUUUUUUGUAAAAUAUUUUUUUAUGUAUUUAAGAGGAACACUUAAAUUAUUUAUUAUUGAAAUUAUUUUUUAUUCAAAUCUUAAAAUUGUUUAUAAGUUGCUUUGUAAAGGAAUGAAUACCAUUAGGAGUUGAUUCUUACCUGUUGAUUUUUAUAUGUCUAAAAACUCAAUCGUCUCUUUGUUUUUAAAGAUCUUAUUUUAUGUGUUUUACUUUUCAGUUUGUUUGUGUAAGAUUAAAUUUUAUAAUACAACCGUAAUACUAUUUAUUAAAAAUAAGAGAAUUUUUUUACUACUUGCCACUUUCCUCCAAGGUUUGGUUUUAGAUUUCUUGCAUUUUUCAAAAGCACAAUACGCAGUUAAGAAUUUUGGAGUGGUGAGACUGUGAUCAACUAAAACACAGAAAUAUUAGGGACUAAGAGAAUUGUCUUACAUAAUUUUAGUUUUAAUGAUUCAUGUGAUAUUUUUCGUAUUUUUCAAAAAAGAAAGAAAAAGUAAAUAAAUAAAUAAAUAAAAAAAAAACUGAAUUUGAGUAAGAAUUGAUUGACUCAUUAUGCUCAAGUUUUGAGUGCAGUUAACGGUCUAUAAAUUUGGUUGAUAAAUGGACUGAUCAAUUGAUAUGUGAAUUAAAAUACGCCACGUCGAUUGUGUGAAGUACAUAUAUUUGAGCAAACAAAUAAAUAUGGAGCUGUACAUGUAUGAACAGCCGAUGUAAAAUUUUUAAGUUUUGAGGAAAUCGCAUUCACAUAGAUAAGAGUUUCACUUUUUACCAAAUUAGCGCAACUGACCCAUUCAUAUUGGGCAAAAAUGUACAGUUAAUCAUCAAGAACUGACAAUUACAGUAAUAAAAAGUAAGUUGUUUCAUGCUGA